CAAUGAAUGAAUGAAAUGAUGAAACAAUGAAACAACGAAAUAAUGAGUCACUGAAGCAAUGUAUCAGCAUUAUUCCCAGAGCAGCACAAACACAUGCACAAGUACAAGCACUCUGUGUCAGCCAUGACGUCCAAUAACUGGUGAUUCUGCACCUCAAGCAACAGCCACAUCCACAGCAGCAACUAGAAGCGAGACAACAACAACAACAGGCAUACCAACGGCCGUUAAGGCGCAAUCGAACAGCCCACAAAAUGGAAACCGACACACACAGCAACAACAACAACAACAGGAACAACUGCAACAAAUUUAACUCACACACAAAGUGGCGACAGGAUAGCAAACCUCCAUCUCUGGCCAGCAGAACAACAGCAACUCUGCCCCUCCUCCUGCUGCUGCUCCUGCUGCUGCUGUUACCUGGCCGCAUCGAUGCCUUCUGCCCCUCAAAGUGUCAAUGCCUGGGCGGCGAUGCGAACAGUCGCGCCCUGUGCGUGGACGCAGCACUGGAGGAUGUGCCCAUUCAGUUGAAUCCGGAAACAAAGUACAUAAAUCUAACACUGAAUCGCAUACGUAAUCUGGAAUUCACGCUGCCCUUCUACAUGAAACUGGAGGUGUUGGAUCUCUCGCAGAACAUCAUCGAAACGCUGGGCUCCAAGAAUUUCGAAUACCAAACGGAGCUGCGCACCCUCAACCUGAGCAGGAAUCUGGUCAGUGCACUGCAUAAGCAUGCUUUCAAGGGUUUGACCAAUCUGCUGCUGCUGGAUCUCAGCUACAAUCGCAUCGAGACGGUGCAUCCCACGGCGCUGGGUGAUCUGGCGGCGCUGGUGGAACUCGACCUGACCAACAACAAUAUUGUGAGCUUGGAGGAUAACUGCUUCAAGGGCAUGAUGUCGCUGGAGGUGCUCGUGUUUCGCAACAAUCGGCUAUUGGAUGUGCCGGCCAGCAAUCUGUGGCAUCUGCAUGCGCUCAAGAGCCUGGACAUGUCCGAUAAUCUGGUGGAGUUUGUGCGCAACGAUAGCUUCGAGGGCCUCAAGGAGCUGCUCGCCCUCAGCGUGCGGGGCAACGUGAUGAGCGAACUGGAUGUGGGCGCCUUUGAGGGUCUCAUCUCGCUCAAGCAUUUGGACCUAUCGGAUAACAAUUUGACGAUGGUGCCCACCCAGCAGCUCUCGAAACUUUCAAAUCUCACUUAUUUGAACCUGGGCGGCAAUCGUUUCGCCCACUUGCCAGCUGUAGCAUUUUUAAACUUGUUUCAUUUACGCGAAUUGCACUUGAGCCGCCUGGACUAUUUGCAGCGCAUCGAUUCGAGAGCUUUUGUGGACAACACGCAUUUACAGACGCUCCAUCUGAACUUCAAUCCGCAAUUGAGUGACAUACCCAUGCGCCUGUUCCAGGGCAAUCCCAACAUUCUGGAGGUGUACAUGCAGAGCAACAGCCUGCAGACGCUCUACUCGGCCCAGUUCCCAGUGGAUCAGCUGCAGAAGCUCUACCUGGGCGAUAAUCCGCUGCAGUGCAACUGCUCGCUGCUCUGGCUCUGGCGCCUGGUCACUGGCAACUUUGAGGGCACAGAGCCCGCGCUGGAGCAUGCUCAGGGCGGUGCUGUGGCCGCGCUGGCCAAGGAGGCAUCGCUAGUGCGGGAGCAGGAGGACGACACCACUCUGAAGACCGACGAUGGGGUCUCCGCCCUGGCUGCCUACAUAGCCGAGCAGCAUAUUGCCAACGCCCUGCAAACCACCGAGCCGAGCGCGUAUGAGCAGCGACUGGAGGCCGCCGCCAGCGCCAGCUCCAGCAGCAACUCCAACUACUUGCGCAUGGACAAACAGCAGAUCGGCUGCGACAUUUGGCGGGACGGCGUCCGCACCCGACGCCAGCUGCUGACAAUGAGCGAGGGCGAGAUUACCUGCCCGGCGCACAUCGUGACCGUCGUCUGUGCGGUGAUCACCAGCCUCCUGGUGCUCAUGAUCGGCAUCAGUGUGCUCUACUAUCUGCGCUUCGUGAAGCGCCGGCGCAAGCUGCUGCAUGAGCGCGGCCCGCUGCGCACCAGCAAGAGCAUCAUCAAUGUGCACGACCGCAUCCUGCAGGGCCACCACCAGCCGCUGGGCGGUGGUGCGGGCAUGAGCAUGACCCUGGGCGGCUCGGGGCCCGGUGGCCUCGGCAUGACGCUCAACUAUCCGCAUCAUGCGCAAACGCUGCAGGCGCAUCAUCACUACCAUCAGGCCAUGCCGCUGCAGGGCCACAGCGGGCACGAGUACCAGCAGACGACGCUGCCGCAGCUGGACAAGCUGGAGCUGGAGCGCUAUCUGGCGGCACAGACAAUUGCCAAUGAGUAUCGGGCGCUGAAGCCCUGGGAGCUGCCCGUCAAGGAGGCGGACGACGAGCCGGAGCAUCUGUACGAACGCUUCGAUCACUACGAAUACCCGGACACGCACACCAUGACCAAGCUGAAGCAGGCAGCCACGCUCCAGGGCAGCAGCGGGGUGACAGCAACCGGCAAUGCCAACGCUGGCGCUGCCAACAGCAAGCCGCACGUGGUCUACGUAUGACGUGGACGCGGCAUUGCUGGCAACCAGAAACAACAGCAGCAGAACAAGCAGCAGCAGCAGCAGCAGUUGGAUCUGGGCAUUGAGCUGGUGGGCCUGGGCCUGGGGCUGACCAACAACAACUAUCGCAGCUAUGCGCAGUGCCCGAGCAAGGCGAUCGAUCACUUUUGAAAACAGGGAUAUUCACAGCAGCUGCAGCAGCAGCCGCAGGAGCAGCAGGAGCAGCAGCAGCAGCGGCAGUUUUAUGUUUAAGUAUCCUUCGGUUCUUUUCAGUUCGAAUUUGAGUUUGAGUUGGGCAUUUUCGGAGAAUUUGAUAACUCGCAACAAAAGUUUAACAAGCGUCAAAUGAAACAAGGGAUAUAUCUACGUGUAUAGCAGCAUACUAUAAUAAUAUUAUAAGAAUUAAGGAAAGGAGAAAUUAAUAAAGAAUUAAAAAUAUAAAAUUAAAAAUAUGUCAUAUUAGUUGAUAAGUUGAAGAAAAGCAAAGAAAUAUUAAUAUAAAUAGCAAUAGUUAAAUUUCUCUUACUCUCUGCCUCCCUCUAUCUAUCUCUCUGUCACACACACUCUCUGAAAAUUAAGCAAGCAAAAAAUUCACUCAUAGUUGAAGGCAUUCAGCAUUAGUCUAGCAUUAGUUAGUAAGCGCAUUUAACUGAAUUUAAUAAACAUAAAUGAAACAGAAGUUUGCAGUGUGAAGAGUGCAACAAUAACUAAGUUAACCAUUUAUUAUUAUUAUUUGUAUUCAAAAUUUUUAUUUUGAUGAGAGCUCAACAAGUAACAAGGCUAAAGGGACCAAGCAAAUAGUCCACUAUUCAAUAUAAUCCAAACUUUAAAGAGUGCAAAUGCAUAGCUCGCAAAUAACUGUUCCUAGUUUACUCUUUAUGUUUUCGCUCUUAGCAAGAGCCUUCGGUUCAUUUCGUUGUUGUUUAAGGUUAAACGCUUUGAGUUGAACUAUUCGUGUGACUCUCUUUUCACGAACAUCGUUUAGAGAGAGAGACAAUUAACGCUCUCACAAUGAUAAGUAAAGAAAUAACCCAAAAGCUCAGCCGAGUUGAUCGCAAAGAAACAGAACCGACUCAAUCGGUUGAGUUUAAGCUUUCAUUAAGUUCUUUCUCAAAGUGUGAGUGAAAGAAAGAAAAGGUCAACAGUUAUUAGCGAGCUAUGAGCAAAAGCUGAGUUACUUGAAAAAGCUAAUUCGAGAAUUAACUAAAUUACAAAUUUAAA